UACUUUUAAUUGAAUUAAUCUUGCAACGCUGCAACACUUUAUUAGAAGGAAUUUGACCAACAGUGCGGCAUAUUUUGCAAUCAGUUUUCCUCCAUUAAUUUGUGUUUUUCUCGAGUAAAUUUAUUGCAUUUAAAUACAACUGAUUCACAAUGGCACAGAGUAAACUAAAUGAUUUGGCUGGCAAAUUGGGCAAAGGUGGUCCACCAGGAUUAACAACGGGCAUUAAGUUGUUGGCUGCUGUUGGUGCUGCUGCUUAUGGCAUCAAUCAAUCCUUAUACACAGUGGAUGGUGGUCAUCGUGCUAUCAUUUUUAGUCGUAUUGGUGGCAUACAAAACGAGAUAUACUCAGAAGGUUUACAUUUCCGCAUUCCCUGGUUCCAAUAUCCAAUUGUCUAUGACAUUCGCUCGCGUCCCCGUAAAAUCUCAUCACCAACUGGCUCAAAGGAUUUACAGAUGAUAAAUAUUUCGUUGCGUGUGCUCUCACGUCCCGACUCAGUGCGUCUUCCUAUAUUACACCGUCAACUUGGUGUCGAUUAUGAUGAGAAAGUGUUGCCAUCAAUUUGCAAUGAAGUGCUAAAAAGUGUCGUAGCUAAAUUCAAUGCCUCACAAUUGAUCACACAACGUCAGCAAGUUUCUUUGCUAAUCCGCAGGGAAUUGGUGGAGCGUGCACGUGACUUCAACAUUAUUUUGGAUGAUGUUUCGCUCACUGAACUGAGUUUCGGCAAGGAAUAUACCGCAGCCGUUGAAGCCAAACAGGUCGCCCAGCAAGAAGCACAACGUGCUGUCUUCUUCGUGGAACGCGCCAAGCAAGAGAAACAACAAAAAAUCGUACAAGCUGAGGGUGAAGCUGAAGCCGCUAAAAUGUUGGGUCUCGCUGUGAAACAGAACCCCGCCUACUUGAAGUUGCGUAAAAUACGUGCUGCUCAAAGCAUAGCAAGAACUAUUGCAAGCUCACAAAACAAGGUCUACCUCUCAGCCGAUAGCUUGAUGUUGAACAUUCAGGAUUCCGGUUUCGAUGAUAUGACUGAGAAAGUUUACAAAAUCGAAUCGGGUUGGUUUGAUGGAGCUAAGAAGCGAAGUGAUAAAUCGUCGACAACCGUUGGCACUGUCGCCCGACGUACGGCGGACCGUUUGCUUUAAAACGAAAGUGUGCAGCUAUUUUUAACUAAAUUGACACAUUAACUACUCAUAGUACCUACAUACAAUCAAGCAUUUACUGAAAUGUUUCCUUAAAUAAUUUUUGUUUUUAAUAAUUACUUGUGCUUCGCUAGCGUUAAAUAGCGAUUUUGAAUUGUUUCUAUGAUAUGAUUGCGUGAGCCUCAGUUGUGUACCUUGAAAUU